UGGAAUUGGCUGGAAUUGACUACUAAAACUUUAUACUGUUCAAAAUUUGAUUUACUAAAACUUUAUACUGUUCAAAAUUACCAUACCAUACCAUACAAAAUUACCAAAAGGUAAUUUUCGAUACAUUUGUAUUAUUCAAACGUAUCCUAAAGAAAUUUAUAACCUUGUGCAGUGUCUUUGUCAAUAAUGGAAGCAGCGAAACCACAUCAGAGUGAGAUUUCCUUGGACACAGUGAAAAUAAAUGAAUCAGGAAUAUUUAAAUUUAAUAAAUUUAUAUAUGGUUCAUCUCUCACUAAAUUUGAUUCUACGGGGGGUGGCAAAUCGGACGAAUUUCAGCCACACAUAAUUGGGAGUAUUGGGAGUAUGGCUGCCUCCCACAGGAUGACUGUCUUGAAUAAGUACGUUGAUUACGUUCCUGAAUUUAAUAUCUAUCCAAAAUUAAUGGGCCUGAAAAUUGACAAAGUUAUUGGUCAAGGUUGUUUUGGAAUUGUGUUUCAAUGUGGUCAUAUUUUAAUGGAAAGGAGAAAGUUUGGUGUUAAAUUAAUCCCGUUUAACGGUUUGGACCCUCAUUCAAACAAAACAAUUUCAAGUGAAAAAUUAUAUUGCGAUUUGCCAAAACAUACAAAUAUUGUGAAGGCUCUUGAAUUUAAGAACACAGAAUUGACAAUGAAUGAUAUAAACAACAUUGAAAGUAUAGUUAAAGAAACUGGGAGUGAAGAUAAUAAAGAUUAUUUUAGCUUUAUCGUCGACAAAGUUAAAGGAAGACAGAUUCAAAAUAUUAGUGUUAUUUUACUGAAAAUGGAACUGUGCGGCGAGAAUUUGACAGACUGGCUUCGUCUUAAUUGUCAUAAAGCUGAAUCAAUUAAAACUUGCGAAUCUUUACAAAAUAUACAAUUUAAAAUUGUGACCGGACUAGUGGAAGCUGUAAAGUUUAUACACUCUCAAAAAAUUAUACAUCGAGACAUAAAACCAGGAAAUAUUUUAUUUAGCAAAAGAAAUUUUAUGUUACCCGUCAAAUUAUGCGACUUUGGAGUUUGUUAUAAACUAGAGACUGAUGAAGUAAAUAUUGGGGAACGAAUAGGUUCAGACGCAUACCGAGCACCGGAAAUGGAUUCGUCACAAUAUGGAUUUAACGCAGACCUGUUUUCCAUGGGAUUAAUAAUGUUUGAAGUGUUACAACUAAUUGGCAGACAGGAAAGGAAUGAAAUGUUUAUGGAGCUGGUGAUGAACGAAAAUGUAAUUGUCGUUAUUCCACACGUUAGGAUUUUAAACUCGAAGGAAAUAAUUGUUGCUCUAACCAAGCGAAACCCGGUGGAUAGAAUACAAUCCAUACAUGAGGUUGUACUGGUAUCACUGAUGGAGACGAAUUAUGACACGGGCCGUACACCAUUCAAACAAGUUAUAUCUCACAGGAGUUCAACUAAUGCGAUAUUGGAUAAUAUGUCAUCUUCAAUUGAAAGAUUGAAGGUAUCACUUGGAAUAAGAAAGAUGCCCAGCAUCCCCCCACUCCAAACUAAUCCAUUUCGGUCUAGAAACCGAAAACCUUUUAUGAACAAUUUUAAUGGAGGCCACAACAUUGCAGAAAAAGCUUCACAGAUCCAAUUGAACAAUAUAUCAACCAAAUCAAAACAAUGUCGGAAAAGAAGAAAAAUUCUUUCUAGAAUUCGAUCAAGAUAUUUGGCUGGUUUUCCUCGUUGGCGCAGAGAGCAUGGAAAACUUGCAUCCAAUUCUUCAAAAUAUUUUUGUAACCAUGGAAAGAAAUUGGUGACAAAAAAUAUUUUUUGAAAAUAUUUUCGAAAUAAUUUAUACAUAAUCAGUCCCUUCGUCCGGUUGAGAUACCAUGGGUUGACUUUGAUCUUGACGAGGUGGAUGAGAGCGCGAUGAAGAUGACGCCUGUUGAAUUGCGAUGGGUUGAUAUUUACGCCGUGUCAGGGGUUCCACACCUACGAAUUAAUAAUUAGUUGAGACAAUUAGAUAUAUAUAAUUUAUAAAUAUUUAGUGGCAAUAAAACCUAAAAUACCAAACCAAAAUAAUAUGUAAAAGUAAAUAGUGUCUUCAAUAAAUUGUUAAACAUAAUUAAAUAUGAGAAAAAAUUAUGAUCCAGCAGCCAACAGGUAAAAGAAUCAUGCCAAAUUGUAAAUAGCCAAACUUACCACCGUCAAGGAACUUAUGUAUAAGAGGAUGCUGCAAAGAUUAUUACAUAUGUAUAUGUAUUAUAUGUCCACAAGUAGUUGGGCAUGUUUAUAAAUAGUAACUGCACUCAAAAAACUGUUGUACCAACGUGUUACCAAUUGUACUCUAUAUACGACUAUUCCGUAUCGAUAAGAAAAGUGUUAUCGAGUGCAAAUGAUUAAUCAUCGUGUGGUUGCAUUUAUCUGAAGUGCGGUUACAGUUUAUUAUCACUGGGUAGCAAUUUUAUUACCAACGUAAAAUAGUAAUAUAUGGAGUACAACCGGUAACCCGUUUUAAUAGUGUACUAGCGGUAAUUAUAUAUUGCUUUAUUUCAAUUCAAAUCAGUAUAUAUACUUAUUUUAGAAUUGGUUUAUUGGUUUAUUUUAACAAAAUAAAAUAAAACAGCAUGCAAUCCAU